AUGCAGAUGUUUUGCCACGAGUGCAUCCUCCACGGCCACACAAGGGAUCCUUUGCACAGGAUUGAUAUGUGGAACGACUCAUUUUUCCAGCCCACCACUCUGAAAAAAUUGGGUCUAUGUGUACAGCUAGGUCACGCCCCAGGUGACAGGUGUUAUAAUCCUCAUCCCUCUUCCAGUGACGACUUUGUCGUCAUUGAUGUCCACGGCGUCCAUGAGAUUGCCCUCGACUUUUGUGGGUGUGCGAGUGCUCAAAUUCGCUACAAACAGCUACUCCGCACACGCUGGUAUCCAGCAACCACAUCAGACCCUCGCACUGCUGCGACAUUCGCUCUAAUGGAACACUUCCACCUUCUAUCAUUCGAGAGCAAAGUGUCGGCCUACGAAUUUUACCACUCACUGGCAAGACAGAACAACAAUGCUGGCCUGUCAGUUAUAAAGGAUCGCUACUCUGCAUUCAUGCGCAUGGUCCAUGAGUGGCGCCAUCUCAGGCAACUUCAGCAUGCAGGGAGAGGAAAUGACCCCAAUGGCAUUCAUGCCACCACCGCGGGUGAAUUGGCUGUGCAGUGCCCAGCAUGUCCCCACCCUGGCAAAAAUAUACCGCAAGGCUGGGAGGACGAGCCACCAUGGAAAUAUGCGCUGUUUAUUGCAAUUGACGCCAACUUCAGGUUGAAACGCAAGGCAGUGUCAUCAGACAAUGUAGACCCUAGCCUCAACUCUGGGUGGGCAUAUUUCAUUGAGGAGGCUGCCUAUAAGGCAUACUUGGCCCAUCAAGUUGGCGUCAAGCAAGAUCGCAGUACAUGUGUCAGUCACAAUGCCAUCAAUCUGGCAGAUAUGAAGUCUUCAUAUGGUCUGGCCGCCACAGGUGUUGGUACAGUAGACUGUGCCAGGCAUGACAUGAAGCUCGCCAAUGGUGUCGGAGAUUUACAGAAGGGUGAAAAAUAUAUAAACAUGGACUACCUUGUUUUCUCAGCGCUGUUGGCCUUCACGUUUCAUCUGAAGGUGCACAUCGAUGAAUGUCAAAGAAACUUUUCAUUCAAUUGGUCAAAACACGUGGGACAAACAGAUGGCGAGGCUCCCGAGCGUGGUUGGUCGAAUAUAAACCGGGUUGCUAUGAGUACAAAGGAGAUGGGUCCAGGAUCGCGUCAAGAUACCCUCGACGAUCAUUUCGGGGAUUGGAACUGGAAGAAAAUUACGGCGCUGGGUCGUACACUCUUGCGCAAGAUCCGCAACACCAUUAAGUGGAAAAAGGAGCAUGAGGAAGGACUAGCAGAGCUAGAGAGGACCAUUCAGCCAACGCUCGUCCUUCAGUGGAGGAAAGAAGUUGAAGCUUGGGAGGAGGACAACUCUCAACCUAAUCUAAUUCCUAUUACACAAGCCGCAGUUCAUCUACAGCUCGCUGAGCUUGAAGCCCAUGAACUUCAGGCAGGGAUCAACGUCUCCCUGCAUACCGACAUUUCCCCAAGCAGAUUGAUCACCGCUGGCAUCGAUCUUCAAGACCAACAACAGCACCUGAAGACGGACAUUGCCAAUGCAUCUCUUCACCCCACAGACAAGCAGAAGACUACCAUGCAGACCCACAUCACCACCCUUCACCGUCGACUGGAUGCCUGGGCUUGUGUCCAAGAACUAUAUAUGCCCAUUGUGUCCCAGCUUCAUCAUCGAUCUUCAGAAGCUGGCACGACAAACACAGCGCAGCUAAAGCCUGAGGUGUUCAAUCUUUGGCUCCCAUCUGAACUCCAACCAACAGUAGGAUGUGACGACAGGCUGGCUGCACACAAAUGGGAUCUACAGCACGCACAAGCACUGGAUGCCCUUAACAAAGUCCGUUCACAUCUCCGCCUUUGGUCUCACAUGUAUAUCUACAAAGAUAGAAAUGUGCGUGGACAGGCCGCUUCUACCCGCGCACAGGCUCUCAUCGAAGGCGUGGAGGUGAGGAAAUGCGCUAGUGUUGACAAGUAUCGGUGUGCGCGUAAUGCGCUGUUAGCUCUCAGCCAUCGACUCAAUAGGUCUGGCUGGGACAUAUCCCUUCCACCACUCCUGGACUCACAAGUGAGGCCUAUGGGCGACAUGGAGAGACAAGGCACUGGUACUAUUUCUUGGAUCUGGCUGGACUCACAUGUGGACAAUAGUAGCUCAGAAAAUGAGCGAGUUCAGGAUUCUGUUCGAGUGGAGUGGUGCAAAGCGCGCGCACGUGCAAACCGCUGGUCGGAGGAAGUUGAACUCCUUUUUGAGGAGAUGCGAAGAGUUAUCGCAUUCUUGAGGUGGCAGGCAGAGUGGUGGAGUGAAAGGCAUAGUUCUCGAGUCCCAGAGUCACCAGCAGAACAGGAAGGACUGGCUGCAUAUGCAUGUCGACAGGCUGCGCUGCGUCUGUCUCUCGUGGCCUCCUUUCAGGACCUAUGGAAAGAUGUGCCGAUGUUCGUAAGUGCUGCCAUGGACAUUCCACUGGACAGCGACAGCAAAGAUGAACCUACCAUCGACACACGGCCUCAGUUGCACAGUUGA